AUGUUGAGUAUGAAGAGGUUUUUUGGGCUCAAAAGGCCUAAGCAUGAGCAUCCUGGUGUCGUGCAAGAUAAUGAUUCUUCGUUUACACAUGAACCUAGUGAUACAUCGUCAGCCACAUCCUUUUGGCAGAAUGUGAAAAGAAUUUUCUAUAAAUACCUGUCCUUCAUUGGGCCUGGUAUUAUGGUUUCUGUUGCGUAUAUGGAUCCAGGUAACUAUGCUACCGAUAUCAGCGCAGGUGCGGCAAAUGAAUUUUCACUUUUAUUUAUUAUCAGUCUGUCAUGUUUGAUAGCUGUAUUUUUACAAUCCCUUUGCGUAAAACUGGGGUCAGUAACAGGGCUAGAUUUGUCGCGAGCAUGCAGACAUUUCUUACCAAGAUGGUUAAAUUGGUUUAUUUAUAUUUGUGCUGAGGUGGCUGUUAUAGCGACAGACCUAGCAGAGGUUAUUGGUGGCGCCAUUGCCCUUAAUAUAUUACUGAAAAUACCACUGCCGGCAGGUAUCUGUAUUACAUGUGUGGAUAUUCUAAUAGUUCUAUUAGCUUAUGGAAGAGGAUCUUCUUCUAUGAGAAUGGUUAGAAUAUUUGAAAUUUUCGUGGCAGCUCUAGUUAUUGCUGUUGCAAUCUGCCUUUGCGUAGAUUUAGCUUAUAUCCCACCAGUAUCGGCUGGUAGAGUGCUGCGAGGUUUCUUACCAUCGAAGCAAAUGUUCCAGAAUAAUGGAUUUUACACCGCAACGGGUAUACUGGGUGCUACCGUCAUGCCUCAUUCGUUAUUCCUGGGGUCCGGAAUAGUUCAGCCACGUCUAUUGGAAUAUGAUGUAAAGAACGGGAACUACAGUAUGGAUAUUAAUAGCGAUGACAAUACUAUAGCUAGUGGGGAAAAGAAGAGCAGAGUUAUGCAGAAAGAUGCGAAAUUUUUGGCCUACAGACCAUCAAUAUAUGCCAUACGAUACGCUAUCAAGUAUUCCAUUGUUGAGUUAACAGUGACGCUUGUAAGUCUUGCCCUAUUCAUUAACUGCGCUAUUUUAAUCAUUGCAGGAGCUUCGUUAUAUGAAACGGAACAAGCAGUUGAUGCGGAUUUAUACACUAUCCACAAACUAUUAUCAAGCACUUUAGCACCUGCCGCAGGAACUGUAUUCAUGUUAGCGCUCUUAUUUUCAGGACAAUCUUCUGGGGUUGUAUGCACUAUUGCUGGGCAAAUUGUUUGCGAAGGACAUAUUAAUUGGUCUAUAACGCCAUGGAAGAGGAGACUAAUAACCAGAGGCAUAGCUAUCGUUCCAACUCUAGUCAUAGCAAGCUGCCUGGGCAAGACAGCUUUAGGUACCGCUUUAACUGCAUCUCAGGUGGUGCUUUCAUUCAUUCUUCCUAUUGUGACAGCUCCGCUGAUCUACUUUACUAGUAGGAAGUCUAUAAUGCAGGUGGAGGCUGAUCCGAAAAAUCAUCGUGACGGGCAUGAAGUGGAGAAUAAUAUGGACAACGAAAAUAACCAGGAAUAUAUCAACAUGUCAAAUAACUGGUUCAUAACUGCAGUUGCAAUUGUAUUCUGGAUUUUUAUCGCCGUCUUGAAUAUCUUUACCAUCGUUGAACUCUUUCAAGGUAGAAAUUGA